UUUCGGUCACAUUCCUUCAGAUCAACAGGUUCGAAAACAACUGCCUCCCCCACUGAAAACAAUUCGGAGUUCACCAAUAGUUGAUUUUCCAACUAAAAGAGAUACAACCUCUCCCCUCACAUUUGGAGAUUCCAACAACAGAAUGAAGUUAUUAGUUUACUGUUGGAUCUUCGUAGUCAUCCUUGUUAGUGUUCAAUGUCGUAAUCCAGUGAACAGUCUCCUCGGUAAACGUAUUCGACCAUUCAUUUCACCACACACUCAGUCGCAAUCGACGGCGAACGAAACGUCAACACAGCAACCCUUAGGUACAACCACCGAGGCUACUCCGACAACACAUUCCGCCAGAAGAGUAGACGCCGAGACGCUAACUCCUCUAGUCCAUCCCGGCACUCCUUCCGCCGUCAAAAUGAUUCCUGCUGUAGCGGUCACUACCAAUUUUUCGGCUAAUGGCGUUACAGUGAGCAGGAAUUCCAGCACCGUGGCUGUCAAAAGCAUCAAAGAAGACACACUUACACGUUCAACUUUAGAUGCUGUAUGGGGCAAAACAGAUAACGUUUCCUUUGCUAUUACCCAACCUGCGGCAAACAACCAGAAUCGUUUUGUGAUGGGUAAUAACGCCACUCGCUCUGCCAAUCCGUUCAAUGCAACUCAGUUGUCUCCCAAGCGCCCUCUUCGGUCACAAACCAUAAACCGCUAUCUUGCAAAAGCUAAAGAAAAGGCUCUUGGCAGUAGCACGGUUUCACCAAUACCCGAAAAACUGACCCACGUCAUCGUAAAGCGUCAUUUCAUCCCGUUGAUGUCAUUGGACGAUUUCGUUCUCGAUACUGACGAUGCAUAGAAAAUUCUUCCAGUCCCAAAAUAAUUUUACAGUGCCUCCUUUGUUCUCUGUAUGUAGCCAAAUAAAAUUUGACAACACUG